GUAUACUUAGCCCAGAUGAGAUUGAAUAGAUCUAUCAGGAUGUUCACUUCUCGACUUAGAAUACGCGGAUGACAUGGUCCUGUUUGGUGAAGGCGCUGGUAAAAUGAAGAGUCAUUUGAUAGCAUUGAAUAACAAUGCCAGGAUGUUUCGGAUCCCUUUUCUCUCGAUCUAAAUGCAAGUUGUUGCUUCAGGAUUAGUCUGCGUCAACACCUGAACCAAGGAUAGAGAGUAAAAUAGUCGAACGCGUUGACAACCUCACUUAUCUUGGUAGUCAGCCCUAAUGGAUUGGUGUCUGACGAAGUUUCUGUACGGAUUCAGAAAGCCCGUUUGGCUCUUGCCAACUUACGUCACCUAUGGCGAAGUCAUUGACUUCUGGUUUGAACCAUGUUAGUAGUUGCAAACUACUUGAUCGGGGUCCGCGCGACUAUCGUAACCAAUGGUUGGAGACACUGGGUGACAUGGCCCAGAAUCGACUACAAUGGGGUAUGUGUAUGCAAUCUUUGUCUUCUCUUAAGGUGUGAGACUAAAAUAGCUUUAUACCUUUCUGUCUACGUACUAAUUCUUCCUUCCUGUAUUAUAUCCUUAUGUGCAAUCUUUCUUUUAUAUAUUCUUACCAUUGAAGUGACUACUUGUAUGAAUUUGGUGUCCAUCUUGUUUUGCUAAUGGGGUAUGUCAACUUCGAUGGAUGCAUAUAUAUUCCUGAUCAUACGUUGUAACUGACUUGAAUGUUUCGGACUAAAUCUAGGAUUAAGUGGAGUGGUUGACAAGAUAUUUACUUUGAUAGUUUUGUGCUCAAAAGUAAUAAAUAAAAGGAUAUAUCGAGCCAGCGAGAUGUGUUAAAUGCACUGAUUAUUACGGCUAUGAAAUGUAAAACAGAGCGACCAGGUAUUGUAAAUCACUAUCACUUGUCUCACAGAUUGCUGAAGGUUCUAAUUUUUGUAGAGGUGAAAAUAUAAUACACUACCAUAAAAGUUGAUAACAAAUGAUAUGACAUGUGUCUGAGCAUUAGUAAAACCAUUAAGUGUCUUAUGUCAAGUACAAUAAAAAUCUAUUUAAGCCUCAUUUUAUCGGGUCGUAUGUCAAUCAGUUAUUUAGUAGUAACCACUUUUAGGAUACAAAUUUCUAAUUAACUUCUUUAGUAUGUUAAAUAAAUUAUUGCCAUUCACUAACCUUUUAUAGAAAGAAUUAUCCGUCACUGCAGAUGGUGGAAUCAAGUAUGCAGAGACCAUGGAAGGAGGGAAGCCAAAACUUGGUGGGUUGAUGGAUCCUCGUCAGGGUUGUGUAGAUCGUAGCUCUAUCUGUCAAACAUGUAGUGGCAGUGUAUCAUCUUGCCCAGGACAUUUUGGUCACGUGGAACUUGCGAAACCCGUCUUCCACAUUGGCUUCCUUAAAAAAACUAUGAAGGUCCUACGCUGUGUCUGUUUCUACUGUUCAAAGAUUCUAGUUGAUGUGCAGUCGUCAAGGAUCCAAGAGAUACUACGCAAAACAAAAGGCGAUAAUAGACGAAGAAUGUCUUUUAUGUAUGAAGAGUGCAAAACACGAUCUGAAUGUAUAUCUAACGAUGAUCAAGUCCAAGGCGAAAAUGAUGUCAGCCUCAGUAGUAAAGUAAAACGCUCUGGUUGUGGACGUUAUCAACCUCGUUUUCGUCGUAAUGGACUUGAGCUUACUGCUGAAUGGAAAAAAGUAAACGAGGAAUCACAAGAACGGAAGAUUAAUUUGACUGCUGAACGCGUAUUAGAAGUUUUUAAGCGUAUGUCAGAUGAAGAUUGCUUAUCUCUCGGGUUUGAUCCACGUUAUGCACGACCUGAUUGGAUGAUUGCAACUGUUCUGCCAGUCCCUCCUCUGUGUGUCCGUCCUGCCGUUGUGAUGUAUGGAGCCACUCGUAAUCAAGACGAUUUAACACACAAGCUUGCUGAUAUUAUAAAGGCGAACAACCAGCUUCGUCGAGACGAACAAAAUGGUGCAGCAGCCCAUAUAAUUGCUGAAGACAUCAAAAUGCUACAGUUCCACGUCACAACCAUGGUUGAUAAUGAAGUUCCCGGGUUACCUAAGGCGAUUCAGAAGUCUGGACGCCCACUGAAGUCUAUCAAACAACGACUCAAAGGUAAAGCUGGUCGUAUUCGAGGUAAUCUUAUGGGAAAGCGUGUUGACUUCUCAGCUCGUACUGUUAUCACAGCCGACCCCAAUCUCAAUUUAGAUCAAGUAGGCGUCCCACGAACAAUAGCUCAAAAUCUAACUUAUCCUGAGGUAGUUACUCAAUUUAACAUAGAUCACUUGCAAAAGCUAGUACAGAAUGGAACCCUUUAUCCUGGUGCUAAGUUUAUAGUACGUGAGAAUGGAGAUCGUAUAGAUUUACGAUAUCAUCCUAAAGUUUCAGACCUAACACUUCAGGUUGGUUACAUUGUUGAGCGGCAUAUGUUAAAUGAUGACUUUGUGAUAUUCAAUCGUCAACCAACGCUUCAUAAAAUGUCUAUGAUGUGUCAUCGUGUUAAAGUCUUGCCUUGGUCUACGUUUCGUUUAAAUCUAUCUGUUACUUCACCUUAUAAUGCUGAUUUCGAUGGCGAUGAAAUGAACUUACAUCUCCCACAAUCUGUUGAAACGAAAGCGGAAAUAAGUCAGCUAGCCCGUGUUUCACGUUUAGUGAUCACACCACAAGCUAAUAAACCUGUUAUGGGUAUUGUCCAGGAUACGCUAACUGCAGUAAAUAAGAUGACGCAGCGUGAUGUCUUUUUAAAUCGGUCUGAAAUGAUGAACUUAUUAAUGUACUUACCAACUUGGAAUGGUCGUAUGCCUAAACCAGCAAUUUACAAACCUCAACGUCUAUGGACUGGAAAGCAGUUAUUUAGCCUUGUCAUACCUGGUCGAGUCAAUUGUAUUCGUACGCAUAGUACUCAUCCAGAAGAAGAAGAUAUUGGCCCUUAUAAAUGGAUAUCUCCUGGUGAUACUAAAGUUAUUGUUGAUGACGGAGAUUUAAUCUCAGGUAUUUUAUGCAAAAAAACACUAGGUUCUGGUGCAGGCUCUUUAAUUCAUAUCGUUGCAUUGGAGCAUCAUCAUGAUCAAGUUAACAUGUUUUUCAAUAACAUCCAAACAGUGGUUAACAAUUGGCUUCUUAUAGAAGGACAUACAAUUGGUAUUGCUGAUACACUAUAUGACCAGGCAACUCGUCGGCAAAUUAGUGGUACAAUUACCAAAGCAAAAGACGCUGUAUUCGAAAUUAUUGAUCAGGCUCAUAAUUACGACUUACAGCCAACACCAGGCAAUACACUUCGACAAACUUUCGAAAACAGCGUUAAUAAAAUUCUUAAUGACGCUCGUGAUAAAACUGGUAGCUGUGCUCAGCGCUCUCUAUCUAAGUACAACAAUUUCAAUAUUAUGGUGGUCGCUGGUUCCAAAGGUUCUCGUAUUAAUAUUUCUCAAGUCAUCGCUUGUGUGGGUCAACAAAACGUUGAAGGUAAAAGAAUCCCCUUCGGUUUUCGUCAUCGUACGCUACCACAUUUUAUCCAAGAUGAUUAUGGUCCUGAGUCUCGUGGCUUCGUUGAAAACUCCUACCUUGCUGGUUUAACACCCACUGAAUUUUUUUUUCACGCUAUGGGUGGUCGAGAAGGCUUGAUAGACACUGCAGUCAAAACUGCCGAAACUGGGUACAUUCAACGUCGUCUAAUUAAAGCUAUGGAAUCAGUUAUGAUCAAAUACGAUGGGACUGUUAGAAAUCAAAUCAACCAGUUAAUUCAACUUAGAUAUGGUGAAGAUGGGCUGGAUGCAACCCAUGUGGAGUUUCAGCGCCUUCCAACAUUCAAACCGUCUAAUGCUGUUUUUGAACACGGUUUUCGGUUCGACAUUGGCAACGAAAGAGUUCUGAGACGAUGUAUGCCCGAGGAUGUUGUCCGCAGUUUGGCUACAGAUUCACAAACACAAUCGGAACUAGAGUCAGAAUGGUUGCAGUUGUGUUCUGAUAGAGAAAUACUUCGUUCUGUCAUCAAAAAAACGGAUGACUCCGUUGUUUUACCAUGUAACAUUAAUAGACUAGUGAUGAAUGCUCAAAAAAUUUUCGAAAUAGAUCCGCUUUCAAAAACAAAUAUCCAUCCCAGACAAGUUGUUGAAAUGGUUCGAGAGACUUGUAAGCGUCUGAUAGUUGUACCAGGUGAUGAUCGACUGAGCAAAGAAGCCAACGCAAACGCUACACUCCUGUUAAGCUCACUGAUUAGAGCAUCGCUAUGCGCCAAAAAAGUAAUCAUUGACUACCGCCUUAGUUACGAGGCUUUAGAUUGGGUGUUAGGUGAAGUUCGUGCCCGUUUUCAACAAGCCCAUAUUCACCCAGGUGAAAUGGUUGGAGCACUAGCAGCUCAAUCUCUCGGAGAACCAGCUACUCAAAUGACUUUGAAUACCUUCCACUACGCUGGUGUGUCUGCUAAAAAUGUCACUCUUGGUGUUCCUCGUUUGAAAGAAAUAAUAAACGUAAGCAAACGUCCGAAAACUCCAUCUAUGACUAUCUUCUUGACUGGUCAAGCUGCUAGAGAUGCAGAACGAACAAAAGAUGUUGUUGCACGACUAGAGCAUACUACUUUACGUAAACUGGUCAACAGCACUUACAUAUAUUAUGACCCAGAUCCCCAAAAUACCGUCGUUGAAGAAGAUAGAGAAUGGGUAUCCACAUAUUACGAGUUACCAGAUUUUGAUGUUAGCGCAAUUAGCUCUUGGAUGCUUCGCAUUGAGUUCACUAGAAAAGGUAUGACUGGUAAAAAAUUAUCAAUGGAACAAAUCGCAGAUAAAAUAACACGAGCUUUCGGUAAUGAUCUUAUAUGUCACAUACCAGAUGAUAAUUUAAAGCUGGUCAUGAGAAUUCGUAUUAUGAAUAGUGACUUGGAAAAAGAUUUUAAGGAUGCUGAUACCACCUCUGAUAAAAUGGAAGAUGAUACAUUUCUUCGUUUUAUUGAAGCAAAUUUGUUAACUGAUAUUACUCUCCAGGGAAUACCUCAGAUCACAAAAGUGUACAUGCAUCUACCUAAAACGCAAGAUAAAAAGCGUGUGGUUAUCAAAGAUGAUGGAAGCUUUGAUACGGUUGCAGAGUGGAUGUUAGAAACUGACGGCACUUGUCUAAUGAGAGUUCUUGCUGAACGAGAUGUAGAUCCGGUACGCACAGUCAGCAAUGAUAUUGUAGAAAUUUUUGAAGCUCUUGGAAUUGAAGCUGUGCGUAAAGCAAUAGAAUGUGAGAUGCAUCAUGUCAUUUCUUUUGAUGGCUCGUAUGUCAAUUAUCGUCAUCUGGCGUUAUUGUGUGAUAUUAUGACUGUCAAAGGACAUCUCAUGGCUAUUACUCGGCAUGGUCUUAACCGUUUGGAUACGGGGGCUUUGGCUCGUUGUAGUUUUGAAGAAACAGUUGACAUACUUAUGGAAGCUGCUAUCCAUUCUGAGUGUGAUCCAAUGGCUGGUGUCUCAGAAACUAUUAUGCUCGGUCAACUGGCUAGAAUUGGGACAGGUUGUUUUGAUUUGCUUUUGGAUUCAGCCAAGUGUCAGGAAGCGCAACCUAUACCACUCGGUGGUGUCUUGGGAAUGGGUUUAUUCAAUGCACCAGGUUUCGAGGGUCUUGCUGCACUUGCUUCACCUGGAUUGGGCUUGACUAUGAAUGCAGAUGGAAUACCUGUACUUGGGGAUAGUGGUUAUCAUACACCAUGGGAUAACGCCCACUCUCCUGUUGGUUCUGUGGAUUCUCCAAGUUACCGUGGAGGCCUUGGCGGCGCUACAGCUCCACAUAAUGCUAUGUUCUCCCCGGCUAUGCGUUACGAUUCUUCUUUAUCUCCUGGUCGAAGUCCUCAGUUAGACAGUCCUCGUACUCCGGAAGCAUUUUCACCAGCUGCAUAUGUUGGCUUCAGUAGUCCUAUGUCUUUUAUGGGUACUCCACAAACGGAGUUGGGUUCACCUGGCUCUAGUCCUGGACAUUCUGGGAGCCUCAGUAGUGGUUCUUUUGGGUAUGGAGGUCCUGGAAGUCUUCGUGCCGAUAUAUUUUCACCCAUACAUAAACCAUCCUACGCUGGCACAGGCAGCAGUUCAAGUUUCAGUGCUAGUGGGGAUAGCAACUCACCAACGUUCUCAUUACAACAAUCCUAUGAACCUAUGUCUGUCGGAUACACUCAACGUUCUCCACACCAUCCCAGUUUUUCAGGAUAUGGAAUGAUAUCUAGUGGGUCUCUUGGUCCGUCCAGCGAUUCACCCGAUAGCAUAAAUUAUUCUUAUAGCCCGAACAGUCCAAUGCCUACAGGUGGGGGUAGUUCAAUGAGUCGAGAUUUCAGCGGUUGGGGCGUUUUGCCUGGCUCAGAAACUCCUGGAGUCUCUCCAAGUUCACCUUCACCCGGUAUGAGCGCAAGCAGUUUAAGUGGUAGCAGACCAUCUUUUUAUCCAAAUAGUCAACCUGCUUCACCACUAUCAUUUAAUGCUUCUCCUUCUGCCCCUCGUUACAGUCCUCCGACGUUAGCUGGAAGUUCCUCAGUGGAAAGUUAUUCUCCACAGAUGACUACCCCCAGUUCUCCGGGUGGUGCUCCAAGUGGAACUUUGGGAGGACCAAGUAAUUCUCCACUUUCUUAUCCAACUACUCCAAACUAUCCUAUGUCUCAUGGUUUAAGUACUGGAACUGGCCUGGGAUCUUCAAGUCUUCUGGGCUAUUCAGGUACUGGUUUCUCUGGAUCCACCCUUGGCACCUCAGCAUAUAGCCCAUCAACUUUCCAUACUCCUUCAUCACACUACUUUAUGACCACUCCUCGACCAGGUUCACCAUCUCCCAGUCCACGAGAGUAUUAUCCAACUCCUGAUACACGGCGAUAAUAAACUAUGGUCCAGUGAAUCAGAGUUCUAAAUAAUCUCUAAGAUAACUGUACAUAAAUAUGUUUUAAAUAUGAAAUCAUCUGAGGUGAUUCAAAAUUAACAUUUUUUUAUCGUUUUUUCUAAGUUCCUACUUUAAAAGUUGUAUGAUUGUCAUACUUUAAUAACAUUAAAUUUCAGCGAAAUC